AUGCUUUCAUCUAUCAGAAUCCUUUCUAACCACGUCCAAACGUUGCUCCGCGCUCCAACCCUUCUGCCCACACUUCUCCGCAAUGCCCGCUCGGCGCUGUUUCCCAAUAACAGUCCCCCCCCUACGAGAACCGUGCCAUCCAUCGAGGAGCAGCUCGCUAUCCGCCGGAAAUGCGCGGAGACGAUCGCUGGCUUGAUCCCACCCUUCGUAUCUGCCGUGUACUUUUCCAAAGAGAAGAAGACUUCGGCUGUGGAUGAGAUCGAGGUGAUUCUGAAGGUCUUCGGAGAUACGUAUAUGAAUAAGCAUCUCAUCUUUGGUGUCAUCGAGUUGGUUGUCAUUCGACUCUUGCCGGAGAUGGCAGAGUUGGGAGUUGAAGGUCUGAUGGCGGAGCGGUUGGGAGAAGUAUGA